UUGAACACACGGAGAAUUUCACUGUUCUGGCAUCCGAAAUUACAGCAUAAGACUCCCAGUGGACAUCAAUGUUAGGAUCGCAUCUGCUCCAGGAGCAAUGUUCGCACAGAAGAAUAAUCUAUCGCAUUCAGGAGUUAUUAUUGUUGUCUUUAGGCUGCCCUACAUGGGAAUAAAAGAAUUCUAAGAGGCUCCAGCUUGGUGCCUUCUGUGCAACCAGCAGAGAAACUGGAAAUUAUUUGCUUCUUACAGAGUCAAGACUACGUUACUUUCUUUACGGAUAAGAAUAACAAGGAACAAGGGCUCUCAAUGUACCUGUGAUCAAAAAGCACUGUCUAAUGGUAUAAAGAGAUGAGACCAGAUGAUAUCAACCCUCGUACAGGACUAGUGGUGGCUUUGAUGAGCAUAUUUCUUGUUUUUGGUUUUAUGUUUACUGUUUCUGGGUUCAAAGGAGAGACUCUGGGCUCCAUUCCUCUUAUUGCUAUAGGCCCAGCUAUUUUUCUCCCUGGAGCAGCUGCAAUUGCAAUUACGAGGAGAACCGAAGGCUGUUCCAAGUGGCCCUACAAACGAUACUCCUGCUGCAAGAAAACAAAGGAUAAAGAAGAUGUUGAGCUUUUAAAGACCCCAUCGGAAAUGGAGUCUGGAAAAGGGAGCUCUAAUGAAUUGGACAAAAAAGGAGAGUCAAAGGAAAAAGGUGAGGAUGCUGAGUCUGGAAAAGUUGUCACUAUAGGGGAUGCCAGGACGCUCGGUAGUGGAGUGGAAGAAGAUGUGGUAGUCAAGUAUCUGGAACAAUGUUAUUCCAAAAACACAUUACCAGGUGGAGGGGGGAGCCAUAACAUCUGUUCUGUUUUUGAUAAGACAUGUUCUUCGGACAGAGUCAUUUACACUGCUACAGAUGAGAAAGUUACUUUUGAUCCUAGGGAUAAGGAUGCCAGUGUCUGUCCUCAAAAAGAGGGCAGUCCCAACAAAAUGUAUUGCUGUUACGUAAAACCCACGGAAUUGAAAUGGGACCAAGAGACUGUUGUUUAAAUCUUUACAAACAAACCUUUUUUUAAACGGAUUGCACUGCAUGGAGGUUCUGGGUCAUUGUUGAAAGCAGCCCAGAUACUUAUGUUAACAACCUUUUUUCUCAAAUGUUAUUACUAUGGACCAGCAUGUUAAGAGCGACUUAUUCGUUUCUACCGACUUGGACCAAUUAUGUCAUCUUUCAAUAUAGUGCCUUGAUAUGGAUCAGAACCAGGACCACAGGACAUGUGUAUUGAAUGUUACAGACGACACAAAUGUAGAGAUAGAAGCUGAGGCAAAUUGAUGAGAUGAGAAACUCGUGAGAUAUAUCUUGUCUUCUAGUAAGGGCCAUUUCUUUAAUAAAACAUAUAUGACCCAAAACCUAAGGUUACACAUUGAUGACCAGUUGAACUGGAUGGAAGG